ACAUAGUUGGUUGCGUGCAUUUCGUUCUAAUUCCGUUUCUAGUUUUAGAGCUACUUCGAUAGAAGAGAAUCUCUCUACUUGUCUCCUCUCUCUCUCUCUCUCUUCCAUUUCUCAUGUCUCUGUAAAGAUUUCAAGGGAGGGAAAGAAAGAAAGAAAUCAGCAGCCUCAAAAGCAUGAUUGCAUAUUGCAUCUCUUUCCGCUUGAGGCCCCUUUCCUUCCAUUUCCAUCAUUUCUUUUUCUCCAAAAAGCUCCCUUCUUGUCCUUGACGACGCCCUGUUCGCCAAAAGUCCGCUCUUUUCCUCGUGCUGUCUUCGAAGAAGAUCGGUUGUGGCUUUCCUCUCAAAUGUGGGCUCUCAUUACUUUAAGCCCUUCUCUCCAAUCCCUUUAAAGCUUCGAUCUUUACUGUGUUCUUGUUGUGAUAUAGUUUCUCACAUAGUCAUACACACUUCUCUCUCUCUGGUUUCCUCUCUGUGUGUGUUAAUGGAGGAUUAUUCUAAUUCAAGGGAAGAUGAAGGGUGUCCUCAGCUGUUGGAUUUGAUUGCGAAAGGAGGAGAAUGGGUGGGUAAAAGGGCAGUGGAAAGAAGCCAUGGGAUUUCAGAGGAGAAGAAGCUUGAGCUAAGGCUUGCUCCACCGGGAGGAGAAUGGAGCUUUGAAGAAAGCAACACCACCAUCUCUAGAGAGAGAGAUGGACUUUUCUCUCUAGGCCAUUGUCCUCAAAAUACAGUCUUGAAACCUCCAUCUCCAUGGCAGCACCUCCAAACUUCAUAUCUCCAUCCUGUCAGAAGGGAAUCCUCACAGCUCUGUAGCAAUAGAGCAGCAGCAGCAGAAACUAAGGCAUUUUCAGCAGCAAAUACAGCUGUGCACAACACUGCUCAGAAAAGAACUGCACCUGCUUCAGUGGUGGGAUGGCCUCCAAUUCGUUCAUUCAGAAAAAAUAUUGCCAGCGGCAGUUCCUCCAAACAAGCUUCGGACUCACCUGAUGUUGCUCCGAGCAAGGUUUCGACCGUCGAAAACUGCUCAAGAACUCCCUUUGUGAAGAUCAACAUGGAUGGUAUCCCCAUUGGGAGGAAAGUUGAUCUGAAAUCAUACAAUACUUAUGAAAAGCUGUCAUUUGCGGUUGAUGAGCUCUUCAGGGGCCUUCUUGCAGUGCAGAAGAAAUCGUGCAGUGAUGGGAUCAUAGACGAGGGCGAUGGAGUAGAGAAGAUCGGCGGCUUAUUAGACGGGAGCGGGGAAUAUACCCUCGUGUAUGAGGAUCAUGAAGGUGACAGGAUGCUUGUUGGUGAUGUUCCUUGGCACAUGUUCGUCUCAACAGUGAAAAGGCUUCGCGUGCUGAAAAGCUCAGAACUGUCUGCAUUGUCUCGUGGACCUAAACAGGGAAAGAUCUCCAUGAACAAUUAAGUGUAGCGAGGAUGUCUAGUUUGUGUUUAGCAUCGACUUUUUGAGGACUCGGAACUGGACUCAUUUUCUUGUGUUUUUUCUGGAUUCAAAUGUAUAUUUUGAAGACCAUAUAACUGUUUAUGCUGUUGAAACAUUGGGCCAUUUCUGGGUUUUGUAAUGAAGGUGUAACUCAAAGCCUGUAUGUAAAGAAUUUGGACCUUUUACUCUGCUUUGGACGGUUUUGUAUGUAAUUUUUUUAUUUC